CUAGAUUCAUUCGUACGUGUUAUUUAAAAGUUGGCAAAAUAAACUUCAAAAUAUUUUUUUCAUCCGUAAGUUUAACAUUGUGAAAUCUUAUUUCGAAAAUUUUACCAUUUCUGUCGCUGUUGAAAAUUAAAAAACUAAAGUUCCGGCUAAAGUGUCUGAUGUCUACGACGAUUUCGAACUUCGAUUAUGAAUGCACAAAAAAAUGUAAACUCCUAAACCAUGGAAAUGAAAUAACCAAGGCCCUCACGAAGCGGUCCAUCUCGGACGAGCUGUUGGCCGCUUUUAUCGCAAAAACAUGCAGAAAUUUCGCGGAAAUACUGGAUGAUCAAGGAAGAAGUGCUCUGCAUUUAGCGGCUUCUGUAGGACGAUAUGCGAUUGCGGAAUGGCUUGUAAAAAAUGGAGCUAGCAUUACGGCCAAAGACCGCGAGUCGGGCCAUACUGCUUUGCAUCGGGCCAUGUACUAUGGCUGUGUGGGAGCAGCCGUUUUGCUGCUGAAAUAUGGUGCUAGCAUUGACUGUCCGGAUGAGGAUUUCGUAAAUCCGCUACAGUUAUGCAGUAAUGUUUCCAAACAUGACAAUGGCAUCGGACACGAGCUGAUGGUGUGGGGUAAAAAUAAAAAUUACAACCUUGGCAUCGGAAAUGUGGAAGGUCGGGAAAUGCCUGAUUUUAUCGAUUAUUUUCGGAAAAAUCGAAUUGCAGUGGACAAAAUGUCGAUAAAUGCGUACCAUAGUGUGUUCCUGUCUAAAACUGGUGAGAUCUAUACCACCGGUCAUGGACGUGGGGGUCGAUUGGGAACCGGAGCGGAAAAUACGCUGGUAUUUCCCGCGAAGGUUUCGGUUCACACUAAAAAUCCGGAUGAACGCAUUAUCGACGUCAGCACGGGGAGAUACCAUACAUUGCUGUUGUCCAAUCAGAAUGUCAUUUACUCAUGUGGAGAAAAUAAUUACUGCCAAUUAGCAAUAAAACCUCCAGUGGAAAAGCAGCUAACUUUCAAAGAGAUAGGAGGUUUACAAAACUUUGCUUACAAGCGAAUUACACGUAUCAUAGCGAAGGAUUUUCACUCGAUAGCAAUUGGUGAACAAGAGGUGUUCGUUUGGGGUUACAACGGUGGACAGUUUGGCAUGAAAAAAGAAAUUAAUCCGGUUGCACUACCACGAGCGAUUUCUCUUGAAUUGGAGUUGAAUAAGGAUAAACCUGCGAAGACGUCUGGUUGUAACACCACGGUCAAGAUCGUAGAAUCCAGCAAUGCAACUAUCGUAAUGUACACGGAAUCAUGCUAUCUGUAUAUUUUUAACAAUUUCAAAAGGCGGACCUACAAAAAUCCAUUGAUGGAAAAAUUCAAGUGCAUUUCCGUGUCUGGAGGAGAAUUCGUUACUAGUAAGGAAGACACUCCUAAGCAAUCGAAACAACUCAGGAUACUAGUUUUUACAGAAUGUAGAAAUAUCUACAUUUGGUACGAAGAUAGUCAGCAGUUUGUGCGAUGCGUGUUUGCACAAUCUAGAAAUUUAGAAAUUGAGAAAAUUAUUUGGUGCAAUAACAAUGUUCUGGUGCAGCUGCUGGGACAUCUCUACCAUGGGACGAUCACGCACAAACUUACGGCACAAGCUAGUACUCAUAUCAGUGAGUACACGGAAACUUACACGAAGAAGGAGAUUAGCACCACCAACAAAACUAGGAUCGAGUUGAAACGUAUCAAGAAUCUGAAUAACGUUGUGGACUUUGUCUGUGACGAUGAUGGGGACAAUUUUGCUGUGCUGACUGAAAAUUCACGUCGUUACUUCCACGUCACGGAACUGGUAGAGUCAAACUACGACUUCGGUAGUUUACUCGCCGAGGCUCACCUAAUGGAUGGCGUGCAUGAUUUGGUGUUUGUGGUUGACUAUGAGUCCUUUCCGGUGCACCGGUUCGUAAUCUACCAUCGCUCUCGUCAUCUUAAAAAGCUUGUUCAGAAGCAGCCAGAUGUAAGAGAGUUUCAGCUUCAACGGUACGACGGGUUGUGUGCACCAAUUUUCGAGCUAGUGUUACGGUUCAUUUACACCAAUCGCUUGAUCUCGCAAGACGAUGUCGAAAGGUUGGUGAAACGGCUUCGACCCGACUCUCCACUGAAUGCGGAGAGUACGAAUGAAAUGCUCGAACGACUUAGGAAAGUGUGUAAACAGUUGGAACUUGGACCUUUAGGUUCGUCCGUGAAAAGCCUGAUGUUCGAUCCACCGGUUGAAGAGUAUCCCAAACUGGCACGUGACUCAUACCCAGAACUUAGGGAUGUUAUCAUUAAGCUACAGGACAAUCAGGAGAUCCAUGCCCAUAAAUGUGUGCUUAUGUCGAGGCUUGAAUAUUUCAACAUGAUGUUUAGCCACACCUGGACAGAGAGCAAAACUGUAAAUCUGUCGACUAUUCCUCUCGAGUAUAUGGAGCCGAUUGUGGAAUUCCUGUACGACAAUAACUACCAACGUAUUCGUGAGCAGAAGUACUCGGAAAGCUAUCUCCUCAAUAUGAUUGUCAUUUGCGACCAAUUUUUCAUCGAAGAACUGAAAAACGUAUUCGAAGUGAUCGUAGGGGAUCGAAUCAGUUUAAAGAACGCUGCCGAAUUUCUGGACUUCGGGUUUCAGUAUAACUGCGAGGUACUUAAGCAAAUUUGCAUGCAGUUUAUCAGUGUGAAUCUGGCAAAGAUUCUGGAGCUUCGUGUGCUGGAAAGCUUGGAACCACGGGUGCUAACACAUAUCGACACGUUUUAUAAAAACUUUUACCAUUUGCAAGACUAUAGAACGAUAACUCCGUCGCCGGAUGCGAUCGGAGACGAAGAAUUGGCGCUCUUUGUUGACAAUUUUAAAGUAGAUUUGGACGCCAAAGAAGUUGACAACAAUGUGAGCAAAACCAAAACCCCAAAGGGAAAAGUUACUCCCAAAAGUACAAAGAUGCAACUGGAUAAACGAAACUACGAAAAAGAAGCCAUGAGUUAUAUCAGAGAUUUAUCGUUUGAGGAAAUACCAGUUGUUAAAUGCAGUUCGAAGCCCGUGAUGGAUAACCUACCUACAGCUCGAUCAGCAUCGGAAGAAGUUAAAAGCUGGCAAAAGGUGGUGGACAAAAAGGAUCCCAAAAAGAAGUGUAUUACAGCAGCUUUAAAGGUAAACGAAAUUGUCAAAAAUGAGUCGAAAGUAGAGGAAAACUUCUCCAACUUGAAGUCGGUUCUCGGAAAAACUUCACCUGCCACCGAAACAAGCCCCUCUCUGACAACAUCCGACAAAAAAGACGAGGGUUACGAUUCCGGUUACAGCGGUAGUCGCCCUACGACUUUUAGUUUAAGUGACUUUACCCUGCAAAAACCAAAACUUUCGCAAAAGCAACGCAAAAGGCUUUCGUCUAGCUCGGACAAACCGAAAGAGGUGAUCAAUCAACCGCCACCAGCAGCGGAAGAACCAAAACCCGCGGCCGCCACUAACCCGUGGAAGAGUCUGAACAAUUCGGCAGCAAACAUGCUAAAAUCGGAUCCUAUUCCAAUCACCCCUCCUCGUGACAACCAUCGGGCGUCCACCAGCGGAAACGGAACCUUCGAAUCGUCAUCGCCUUUCAACAACAGCUCACUAGGGCAAACAACAAUCGUUUCUCCGCCGGCACCGAAAAGUUCCGAGAAAGAGUUCAGCAAAAUUCUCGCUGACGAGCGACGUCAAAAGCAGUACUAUGAGAAAAUUAAAUCCAAAUCACUCGUUCACACGCAGAUUGAGGAACGGGCGAUCGAGGAAUUGCGAAGGUUCUACAAUGUCGAUAGUGUUUUCGAUGAAAGCAUCACGAUCGAGCGGUACCGACCGCAGUCGGAUGGAGCAAUCAAUUUUGCCGUCUGGCAGUAUCAGUGAAAAAAAAAAUGGCUCCGGAGUGCCACCGCCACGUGCCUAUCGUGGUGAUAAUGAGUCUUGCUGCCGAGCAAAAAGCGUCUAUUAAUUGUUCAAUUUUAGGUUUAUAGUUUAAGAAGCGUGGACAAUAUUGUAAA